AUGCCGGCAGCUGGUCCUUCCAAGACCAAGAAAGAGGUCACAUUUGAAGAAUUCCAAAAGAUUUUGGACAGCACGCCCCUGUUCAUGAAAGAGACACCGGCAGACGAUGAUGACAACCCGGUAUUGCAAGGGUUGAGGUCACUCGUAUUGGAUGGAGAGGGCGAUGAAGUAGCGACGAAUUUCAAGAAUCACGGAAACGAGCUAUAUGCUCAGAAAUCGUACAGAGAUGCCGUGGAUGCCUACACAUCAGGUCUCAACGCUAAGCCCACAAUAUCAGAACUGCGUGUAUCGCUCCUGAACAAUCGCGCAGCCUCUCAUCUCGCUCUUAAAAACUACGGAUCAGUCCUCAAGGAUACAGGGUUAAUCAUUGCUCUCUGCAUUCAACAGGGAGAGACCGCCCCGAUCAAAGCUUUGUACCGGGCUGCGCAGGCUUUGAUAGCUUUGGAAAGAUGGAGAGAGGCCAAGGACGUUGUUCAGAGGGCUAAGCAGAUCCCAGGGGAGGAGAACAAAGUGGAGUGGAGAAAGUUGGAUGAGACCAUCGAGUCGAGCCAGAAGCGAGAAGCUGAGAAGCGAGAGAGGAUACGAAGGGAGAAGCUGUCCAGUUCGGCGCUGGAUCAAGCCAUCAAGUCCCGGGGCUUGAUACUCGUCAAGACGUCUAGUCCGCCAGACAAUCCACAUCCUGUGCAUUUCGAUCCAGAGGCUUUACCUCCCGCUCCUCCCCUUCAUGUGUCAGGGUCGUCUGCAAGCUCAGGAUCGCAUGAGAUCUGGUUACCUCCACCGAUCGACACGACACUCAUUUACCCCGUUUUCCUUCUAUACCCAUCUCACUCCCAAUCAGACUUUAUCACACAUUUCUCAGAGGAAACCUCUUUGUCAGAUCAUCUCAACGUCAUGUUCCCUUCGGUCUCCCCUACCUCAAACUCGCCAGCAUCACCGGAAUGGGAUACGAAGCGAGAAUAUGUCACCGAAAACCUCGUCGUCUACGUUGAGACAGCUCAAAAGCGUCUGCUCAAAGCUGGGAAGGAUCUGACCUUACGGGAAGUCAUAAAAAAGGCAGUCAAGGAAUCUGCUGAUGGAUCUGGCAAACCGGACGGGAUGGUGAUGCGAGAUGGAUUGUUGAGCUUCGUGGUGCUCGUCAAGGGGGAUCAAGAGAAACAGUGGAUAGAUCAAUUCAAAGCUGCCAGGGAUAAACCAGCUUAG